GCCGUUGCGGAAGAGAGUGGCGGCGGCUCCUCCUCCUCCUCGGAGUCCGCUUCCGCCCGGUCUCAAGAUGGCGGCGCCCUUUGUCUCUUCCGCGUCCGCCUGAGCUCGGGAUGAUGUGAGGCGCCGGGAUGGCCGCCAUGGACUUCCCCUUGCACAGCCAGCAAGUGCUGGAGCAGCUGAACCAGCAGCGUGAGCAGGGCCUGCUGUGUGACUGCGCCGUGGUGGUGGACGGCAUCGACUUCAAGGCACACAAGGCCGUCCUGGCCGCCUGCAGCGCCUACCUGCGCUCCCUCUUCGCCUCCCAGAGGGACGUUGUGCGCCUCGACAUCCGUAACGCCGCAGGCCUGGAGCGGGUGCUGGAGUUCAUGUACACGGCAAAGCUGAGCCUGAGCCCGGAGAACGUGGAGGACGUCUUGGCGGUGGCUGGCCUCCUCCAGAUGCAGGAGGUCAUCAGCGCCUGCCACUCCCUCCGGGCCCUGGCUGCGGGUGCUGGGUCCUCUUCCCCUGGUCCCCAGGCCCCCCAGGCAACAGGGCACGACAAGGGUUCUGGUGGCCCCGCGGAGGAAGCAGCGGAAGCCACCAUCAAGGAAGGGGAGGCCUCCCCGUGCACCCCUCAAGAACCUGAAGCCGUGGACGAGGAGGAGGAGGAAGACCAUGCACUCAGCAAGGAGACAGCUGCAGAGAAGACAGGCGAAGAAGCGGAGGACAGGGCCAAGGAGGAGCCCAGCGUCACAACAGAAGGCCUGCCUUUGAAGGAACCGACGGCCGUGAAGGUCCCGGCUGAGAUGGAGGUGGAGCUGGAGGGACAGGAGGAGGAGGACGACGACGUUGACGAGGAAGAGGACGAAGAGGAGGAGGAGGACGAUGAAGAGCUUCCCUCGGAGGCCAAGCGGGCCAAGGUGGAUGAGGCCGAGGGCAGCGACUCCGGGCAGGAGAGCGCGGGGGAAUCCCGCCUCCUGCGCUCGGGAACCUACAGCGACCGGACCGAGUCCAAGACCUAUGGGUCCGUCACGCACAAGUGCGAGGACUGUGGGAAGGAGUUCACGCACACGGGGAACUUCAAGCGCCACAUCCGCAUCCACACCGGGGAGAAGCCCUUCUCCUGCCAGGAGUGCAGCAAAGCCUUCUCCGACCCGGCCGCCUGCAAAGCCCACGAGAAGACACACAGCCCGCUGAAGCCCUACAGCUGCGAGGAGUGUGGGAAGAGCUACCGCCUGGUGAGCCUGCUGAACCUGCACAAGAAGCGCCACACGGGUGAGGCCAAGUACCGCUGUGAGGACUGCGGGAAGCUCUUCACCACCUCGGGGAACCUCAAGCGCCACCAGCUGGUCCACAGCGGGGAGAAGCCCUACCGCUGCGACUUCUGCGGGCGCUCCUUCUCGGACCCCACCUCCAAGAUGCGCCACCUCGAGACCCACGACGCCGGCAAGGAGCACAAGUGCCCCCACUGCGAGAAGAAGUUCAACCAGGUGGGGAACCUCAAGGCCCACCUGAAGAUCCACAUUGCCGACGGGCCGCUCAAGUGCCGCCAGUGCGGGAAGCAGUUCACCACCUCCGGCAACCUCAAGCGGCACCUGCGCAUCCACAGUGGAGAGAAGCCCUACAUCUGUGUCCACUGCCAGCGCCAGUUCGCCGACCCGGGAGCGCUGCAGCGCCACGUCCGCAUCCACACAGGUCAGAAACAGGCGGAGGGACGGUGGUUGGAGGGGCAUCCAAACGCAAGGAAGGCCUUCCUGACCCAAAGAGGAAGAUUGGGGGGAGGGGAAAACACCAGGUUUGUCCAGUCCAGCCAGCUGGCCAACCACAUCCGGCACCACGACAACAUCCGGCCCCACAAGUGCAACGUCUGCAACAAGGCCUUUGUGAACGUGGGUGACCUCUCCAAGCACAUCAUCAUCCACACAGGUGAGAAGCCCUUCCUGUGCGACAAGUGCGGCCGCGGUUUCAACCGUGUGGACAACCUGCGCUCCCACGUCAAGACGGUGCACCAGGGCAAGGCCGGGAUGAAGAUGCUGGAGGCCGGGGGCAGCGAGGCGGCCGAGCUCAACAUUGUGACCGUGGCCUCCGACGAGAUGGUUGCCCUGGCCACCGAGGCCCUGGCUGCCACGGCCGUCACGCAGCUCACAGUGGUCCCCGUUGCGACACCCGUCACGGCGGACGAGACAGAGGCCCUGAAGGCGGAGAUCACCAAGGCCGUGAAACAAGUACAGGAAGCCGACCCCAACACACAGAUCCUCUACGCCUGCGACUCCUGCGGGGAGAAGUUCCUGGACGCCAGCAGCCUGGCGCAGCACGUGCGCAUCCACACGGCCCAGGCCCUGGUCAUGUUCCAGGCCGACACGGACUUCUACCAGCAGUACAGCUCUGCUGCCGCCACCGCCUGGCAAGGAGGAGCAGGGGAGGCGCAGGUGCUGCCUGCCACAGAGCUGCUCUUCCGGGUGCGGGACGGCGGGGAGGCAGCCGGGGCGGAGGCUCCGCAGGCGGCGGAGUGAACAGACACCCCGGCUGGGCUACUGCCUACCGAAAAGAGGCAACGCUAGGAAACCCUGCUGUAAAGAGAGAGGUAUUUCCGUACGGGAGAGAGUCCACGUCUGUGAAUAUUUAGAUGAAAUAAAGUCAGAGAAGAUCAGCUCGCUUGUGAACACUUGAAUCGGAGCCUUCUGCCUUCCAAACUCGAGCUGACAAGAGACGAGCGGGUCACAGAACCACACAACCCCACGUCUUCCUUGCUUCUGUGGACUUUCAGAGGACUUGCUUCGUUUCUUCAAGGCGUUGAUUGGGCCGGAACCACUAAGUGUCAGGCGGGUCGCUCGUGAACACUUGAAUCGGCACCUCCUGCCGUCCAAACCCGAGCUGACGAGAGACGGGCGGGUCACAGAACCACACAACCCCACGUCUUCCUUGCUUCUGUGGACUUUCAGAGGACUUGCUUCGUUUCUUCAAGGCGUUGAUUGGGCCGGAACCACUACGUGUCAGGCAGGUCGCUCGUGAACACUUCAAUCGGCACCUCCUGCCGUCCAAACCCGAGCUGACGAGAGACGAGCAGCGCCACACAACCCCACGUCUUCCUUGCUCGCGUGGACUUUCUUGCAUCUUUCCUUCAAGGCGUCGAUUGAACCGGAACCCAGCCUUCCUGGGAUUCUUCCCGCAACAGCAAAGUGGGCUCUUCAAUGCUUUCCUCCGAAAGGGAUCCCACGGAAGCAGUGAAGAUCCACAGGGAGCGAGGCCUUGGCUUUCCUCCUCCAAAAGUGGCCCAGACACAACCGUUCGUGACUCUAAGAGGAUGCGCAUACCCAGUUUACAGAGACUGAGACACUCCUACUGAGGCCACUUCCAUCGAGGGUCUUCAACGUGACCGAUGCUAUCUGGAUUGUACAACAGGGUUGAGGGAGGAGGCCUUCCUCCUCCGCCAGGUCUCCUCUGCCUUUUUCCCGGUCACAACAAGGGAGCGGAAAAGCGAGAGGAAAAGCGCCCUCGGCUUGGGCUGGGACGCGGAAGAGAGGUUGCAGAUCCCUCUGGCCAUUUCCCGCCCUCAGGACGGACUCGGGAGCAUUCAGCACAACCCAGGCAGGGAUUGUUUUGUAUUUUUUAAUAAAGUCUUGUAAUCCAAUGGACACACAAAACAAAACUGCGCUGAGAAAAACAGUUCCAUAAAUUAAGUGUUAGGAGGAGGAAGAAGAGGAGGAGGAGGACCAGGGACCGGGAAGAGGAGGAGGUACAAAGUCUGUACAAGUGUAUAACACUUCCACAUCUGGGGGGAAGGAGGAGGAGGAAGUGACGGAGGAGGAAGGGGCGGGCCAUGUCUAAAUGAAGCGCACUUACAAAUGAGUGACAAAUACAAAGUCUUGAGUAUGAAAAUAAGAUUUUCUCUGAAAACACAUUUUUUUGGCACAGAUUAAAAAAAAAGUAUGUUGUGGGGA